AAAAUGAAAGGCAAGGUGGAGUUCCUUAUCAACAGCUUGCAGCUGACAUGGCUCCAUAUUUAGCAACCCAGCAGCUUCCCGGAGAGGGCAACGAAGCUGCAGAUAACUGUGUGAUGCAAAAUGAAAACGAAACUGAAAAUGCUCGAGAGACGCCAUCGGGGAAUGACAACAGACGGAGGAGAAAUCAUUGUGAGGAACUAGCGGCAGAAAUGGCUCAACCUUCAGCUGAUCUUCAAGUUGCCGGUGGCGACAACGACGCUCUUGAUGGUGCUGAAGGUGGCGUUGAACCCCUCAAAAAUGAUGUGAAAACUCGUCCUGGUAAAUCUAAAAGGAAACAGAAGGAAAAUAAUUCUAAAAAAGGGGCGCGAAAUUCUUACUUUGACCUCGCUGCUGAUGUCUCCGGUUCUUUUAAGCAGCUUCGCACUCCAGGCAGCAAUGAUGACCGCGAUUCGCUGCUUCAGCGUGAGGCAACCGACUCUAUGCCUCAUCAGGAGUCUCUUUCAGAAUACAACCCAGACGCCACUUGUGGGCCAGGCUUCGACGAGCAUAGAAGCUUCCAGUCAGAGACAUACAGGCUAGAGAUGGAAACUACAUGCAGUUACAGACAAGAAAACUCUGGGUCAGUUGUGCAACAGGAGUCCAUCUCGGAAUAUAACCCAGACGUAACUUGUGGCUCAGCCUCGGAGAGCUGUGUACAUUUAAACUUCGAAUCAGAGAUGCACAAUGAAGAGAGGUCUGAAACUGAAUACGACCUUAAGAAGGAAGGAACUGGAUCAUUCGUGCAACAGGAGUCACUUUCGGACUAUAACCCAGACGCAACUUGUGGGUCGGGUCAUGAAAGCUGUGGAGCUUUCAGAGACGGAGACUCGUUGAAUUAUCGAGGUGAAGGCACUAAAUCGGUUGCCCAACAAGAGUCUCUUUCAGGGUAUGACGAAAGUGCUUCUUGUGGUUCAGGGCUUUUACGCUCAGACAAUGAAAGGUUUGAAUACUCUAACACUGAGACGGAAGAUUCGCAAAGUUUUCACGAAGGAAGUUGUGGGAUGGAGGAUCACCUUUCAAAGUCUACCACUUAUUUUGAUGCAACUUAUGGAGAAUGCCACUCUAAGACAGAUGGAGAGCCUUACUCCAAACGAACGAAACCUAACCCAGAGGUAACAGAGGAACUUUCACUUCCGCCAACCUCGGAGUCGAUGCAAGAAUCAAUACCAAAAGUAUCUGCAGCGAAUUCCGAACAAGGCGAAGCCAUUUCUGUAGAAAGUGAAGGAAUUAUCUCUCGACCUACCGAAGUACAACCUAUGUCAAGAAAUGUUGAUACAAAAUGCGAUCCCUGUUUGAGCUCAGAGUUCGAGAACAUGAAUCUUGCAGACAACGCCAGCGUUGAAUCCGAUCGAAAUGACUUCUCUAUAUCGGAAAGUGCUGCUUCAAGUUUCCAGUCAAAUAACUGGCAAGAGGCAUGGAGAGAUCCUCAGAAGUCACCGAAGAAUGACGAUGGUGGUGUCAGAAGUAAUUCCAACGAUUUCUCUGAUUUUGGAGAUUAUCGCUCGCAAUAUUCGGCUCCUGUUGGCAAUUCGCAAGGCGCUAGACCUAAAACCACUAUUAAGGCACCCCAUGGAAAGAAAUCUAAAAGGCCGAAACAGAACACAAAGAACGCUUAUACUGAGCUCGCCAAGGACUUAGCUGGUGACGUAUUAGCCAUGAACAAGCAAUUAGAAGGAUCACAAGCAACAGCACGUGAAACAAGUUACAAGGAAGGAAGUGUAAAAGGGAAAGAGAUAUUGAACAACAGCACAGGACGAAAAGCAACGUCCAGAGAACGGCUUUUGGCAGAUGUACCCACCGAAGCUCGCAGAGAGGCUAAUGAUAGAAAUAGGGAGCGAAAAAGCCAAGAGCUUUUUGACGGAAGCAUCGUAGAAAAUGAGUCAUCCACUGGCAGAAGUAUGGUAUCGGAUAGUCAUAGUAUGAGAGAACAACGGAUACUGUUUGAUGAUAGUAGUUUGCAAACUGAGAUGUCAAACGACACUUCAUUACUUUCUAAUCCGUCGGAGGGAGAAAGUCUCAGUUCUAGCCAACAGACGAGCAUGACAACGAACAAGAACCUGGGAAGGAUGGAUGUUUCUACUUCGAGGAAGGACGUCUCUGCUAGAGGAACUGGCGCAACUUUUCGGGAGAGAUACGAUUCUGAGGCGGAACGACGGGCUCAACUCGAAGAGCAGCAACGCACGAUUGACAAUAUGGCACCAGAGCUUCAAGCACUGGUGAUACAGAUGAUGCAGGAAAACGAGGAGGAACAGAGAGGCUACGCGACUCAUAACUUGUACUACAACCCCCCUGUACCUCCAAGAACGCUUCCUCCGGCUCGUGGACGAAGCACAAACCAAGUAAACUAUGCAGAUGGAGCCUCUAAGAAGCGUGGAGGCAAGAAAUCUCGUAAGGGCCCUAAAAACAAAGGUCACUAUGUAGAGCUUGCGGGUAUCAUAGCCCCUCAGUUCGCAGCAAUGAAUGCAGAGAUGGUGAAUGGACACGGUAAAGAGCCACAAGCAGCAGCAGCAGCAGAAACAACUGCCCCAGGCAUGCGCACUGGGAAUGAACCGUCUAAGCUACAACCUGGUUCUCAUCAUGAAGCCAACGGACUGGAUCUUCAUCUGACUGGUGCGCGUCCUCGUGAUCAUAUGUCUUUUUCAGGUACAAGACUUCAAUCACGUGACCAGUCGCGUGGUUAUUCGUCUAUGCCAUACUCGGGAGCUCAGGGUAGAGACACCACUGAUGGUCGAGGUGCAUCAAGCCUUGUGGCAAACGGAACGACCUCCUCAAGAAGACAAGGUAAUGUCUACGGGAAUUAGGGUAGUCUGAUAAUUAUAACUUGUGUAGGCACCUUCAACGCUAGAAUCUAGAUAUUAAUUAAAAGUCUUCUUUCUCUCUACGAGCUUAAUUUGUUCCUCACUGGUGGUAUUGCUUGAGUUCCAUUGCGCGUUAUGAUUUGAAUAUUUUUCCAAUUUUUGCUUUGUAUCACAUAACGUGCUUUUUCCUUCAGUUUGCCUUCCACUUGCUUCUCUGGCGGUUUCUACUGGCAGUUAAUGAUUUUAAAAUAAUUGAUAUUUCUGUUGAAAUAAUAAAGUGAAAAGAUGAGGACGUGUUAAAGAAUAAGUUGAUUUUUAAAAGAAUUUAUAUUUCUGCAGAAAUCAAAAAAUAAAGGACGUGUUAGAGAGGGGAAAUAGUUUGGUAGAUGCACAUACCUGAUAUUUAUUAGCUAUACCCAUGAAAUAAGUUCUUUUUUCAAGCUCUUAAAGUCAUUUGAGGAAAAUUUUGCAGAAGUGGUUUGAUAUGGGAGAAGUAUGAUAGAACAUGUUUGUUUUUUUGUAUGCUUUAUGUGAGAGCAAGUCCACGAGUGGGGAAUUUCGACCAACUCUUAAUUCUUUACUAACCUGAGUUUCUACAAUCGACCUGUAAUUAAAACUCUUUCUGAGUAAAUGGCAUUUUGUUAAAUACAAAUGAUUUUCACCAUUUUUUUUAGGAGGCAGCAAAGGCAAAGAUCCCAUCGGCAAAGAGAAUCGUGGGAAGCAAAACAAAAACAAAGCCGAAGAAACGAAAAAAUCUACGUUGUCUCAAAUGGCGGAAAACAUGGCACAAUCUUUCCAGCAACUAAACGAGCAGCUGGAAGCGCAACAUCAACAACAACAACGUCGACCGCUUUCUUUCAAUAGCAACGGAGGUGCUGCUGCUGCUACUGCUGCUGCUCGUGUUUCACCUGAACACGAAAAUGGUAGAACUUUUACGGCCGAAGAAGCUGUUGUGCGUGAUAAAAGUAGUGCUGUGACGAAUAAAAGUGCCCCGUCAGGCGCUGAGCGCAGUGAUAGAUAGAGUGACGUUGUGUUCUUCCCGAGUGUUAGUCAAUCUACUUGCUUUUACUUAUACCAAACCUUCCAAGAUGAAAGGGCUUUACAAAACAUAUCCUUUGUCUACCCUUAUUUCAAUAUAAAUAAAAUACCUAGGUAGAAUAGAGCUUAUGUACAUUCUGUGCUGAUUGACUCACACUCCCUGAUUUUAAUCUGGCGAGUGAUCUGAUUUCAUAGGGAAACAAGACAGAAAAAUUAUCUUAGAGUUCUAUUAAUGGACUGAAAGGGUCUAGCUUUUUUAAAGUUUGCUAUCGGACGACCGCGCAGCAGAAAUCCGAUUUGUUUUUCACCAAAUUAGACGACACGAAGUCUUGUUACCAAUUUACCACUGACAAAAUUAACAAUUUCCGAGAAAAGAAGAAUAGCCAAGUUAUGAAAGAAAGAAACAGUUUGCAUCAAUUUAGGAGUCUGCAUGCUGUAUCUACGGUGAUUGAAACCAAGUUUGAGAUUGGUUCAUUUAAACCUUAACUUUGACCGUGAUUGGUUGAUUCAAAGUACAACUUUAAAUGUGAUUGGCUUACUGCACUGUCCGAUGACAACUUGGCAAGUGAAUUAGUCGAAACUAGGUGUUUUUUUUAAACCCAUCACAAUCGAGAAAAUUGUAAUUUUUGUUAUUAACAAUCACUUUACCAUUCAUGCACAACAACAGACACUUUCGUGUAUUGGGUAAUUUUGACAAGAACUUUAUAAGAACGUUUAGUUUGGGAAGUUUAGCUAAAUAUAUUUCGUUUACAUGACUGUAAUCACACUCGUAUCAAUCGUAAUUAAAGAUUGAGACAUGUCAGCUGUGUUCUGUCACUUUUGAUGUUUUGAGUUCUUGGAGGUGGAUCUGAGUCAAAAGAAGGUGAAAUCAGAUCAAGUGAACCCUUUAACUCCCAAAAUCUCAUUAAUAAUUCUCCUUACUGUCUGCCAUAUAGUUCUUGUGAUGUUAGUUCGGAAAAUUUGGUAUUGGACUAUCUUAUAAUCCCCAAAUUAAUAUUUUUCUUAAUUCUCGUCACUUGUGUGCGUGAUAUUGUAUUGAUAUUGUACAGAGAAAUUCUGUCUUGGUCGCUCAUGGGAGUUAAAGGGUCAAGAGGGAGUUCGAAUUAACUGAUAAUAAAUGACAGGAAAAAUGGGGUGAAAUCCGAGGGAAAUCGGAUCUUGUUCAAGUAAGCGGGG